AUGUUUGUGUCUGAAGAUGUCUCUCUGCUGCUGUCUCUCUGCCUCUCUUGUCUUAUCUUGAUUUUCAGUCUAAAGAUGAUUUUGGGGAAAAGCGGGAACCUUCCUCCAGGACCUAAACCCCUUCCGCUACUGGGGAAUUAUUUACAAUUAAGGAAAGGGGAUUUGCUAAAAACCCUCCAGGAGCUCAGAGAGAAGUACGGGGACGUGUAUACGAUAUACAUGGGGCCGCGGCCGGUGGUUGUCAUGUCCGGAUACAAGACGGUGAAAGAAGUCCUUGUGGAUCGAGCAGACGACUUCUUGGCUCGGGGGGAUAUUCCAACAUUUGAUUCUUCUUACCAGAACUACGGAAUUGCUUUUACCAGCGACAUGCACCGGUGGAGGGAGCUCCGGCGUUUCUCUCUCGCCACCUUGCGGGGUUUCGGAAUGGGUAAGAGGAGCAUCGAGGACCGGAUUCAGGAGGAAGCGGCUUGUCUGGUGGCCGAGCUGAAGAAAACCAAAGAAACGUUCUUGGACCCCCGGACGUGUAUAAACAAGGCUCCGGGCAACGUUAUCUUCUCCUUGAUGUUUGGAAAUCGCCACGAGUAUGAUGAUGAAGAGCUUCUCAACGUGUUAGACAUCAUGUACCAAACGCUUCUGACUGUGAGCUCGCCCUGGGGACAGUUGUAUGACAUGUUCCCGAGGGUCAUGAGGCACGUUCCUGGUCACCACCAGCAUAUAUUUCACAACAUGGAAAAACUCCUGCUUUAUGUCGAGGACAGAGUGAAACAGAAUCAAAAGACUCUGGAUCCCAGUAAUCCAAGGGAUUACGUGGACACUUUCCUCAUAAGAAUGGAGAAGGAGAAGAAGGAUCCGAAGACUGAAUUUACCCUGAGGAACCUGGUGUUUAGCACGCUGCAGAUCUUCUUCGCUGGGGUGGAGACCAUGAGCACGACCCUCACAUACGCUCUCCUGAUUCUGCUGAAAUAUCCUCAUGUCGUCGACGAGGUCCACAAAGAAAUCGACCGAGUUAUUGGCAGAAACCGCAGCCCAAAUUUACAAGACAGGAGCCGCAUGCCGUACACCGAGGCCGUGAUCCACGAAAUACAGAGGUUCGUGGAUCUCGUCCCGUUUGGUUUACCUCGGAAAACAACUAAAGACGUCGAAUUUCAUGGAUACGCCAUUCCCAAGGACACUAAUAUUUUUCCGAUGCUCACCACGGCGCUGAAAGACCCCGACUGCUUCCCGUACCCAACAGAAUUCAACCCUCAAAAUUUCCUGGACAGAAAUGGGCAAUUUGUAAAGAAUGACGCCUUCAUGCCCCUGGCUGCAGGGAAGCGGAUCUGCCUGGGGGAGGCGCUGGUCAGAAUGGAGCUCUUCCUCUUCCUCGUCACCAUCCUACAAAACUUCAGCUUUAAAUCUCCUGGAGCGAUUGAGGAGGUGGACGUAACACCGCAGGUGACCGGGCUGGGGAGCUUCCCAAAACCUUACAAAAUGGCCUUUAUUCCGCGUUAACGCUCCUGCCCCGCGAGUCUGGU